CAUAAGGAGACUUGGAGUUGCUGCAGCCAAGGCUGGAGCCAUGAGGCGGCCCCCCAGCAAUGGAGUGGCGGCCAGCGAAGGUCCAGGUGGCUGGGGUCUAUGGGGAGUCCAGGAGUCCAGGAGGCUCUGCUGUGCCGGUCACCACCGCUGCGAGCAGGCCUUGCUGCAGAUUGGGAUCAACAUGAUGGCGCUGCCUGGAGGUCGCCACCUGGACUCUAUCACCCUGCCGGGUCAGCGACUGCACCUCAUGCAGGUGGACUCAGUCCAGCGCUGGAUGGAAGAUCUGAAGCUCAUGACCGAGUGCGAGUGCAUGUGUGUCCUGCAGGCGAAGCCCAUCAGCCUGGAAGAGGAUGCACAGGGUGACCUUAUCCUGGCAGGUGGCCCUGGCCCUGGAGACCCCCUGCAGCUGCUGCUUAAACGGGGUUGGGUCAUCAGCACAGAGCUGCGCAGGAUCGGGCAGAAGCUGGCCCAGGACCGCUGGGCACGGGUGCAUAGCAUGAGCGUGCGUCUGACCUGCCAUGCCCGCUCCAUGGUCAGCGAGUACAGUGCUGUCAGCAGGAACUCCUCGAAGGAAAUGGGCCAGAUUGAGAAACUGCUAAUGGAGAAAUGCUCAGAGCUCUCGGCAGUCACAGAGAGGUGCCUUCAGGUUGAGAAUGAGCAUGUCCUGAAGUCAAUGAAGGCCUGCGUGAGUGAGACCCUGAGCAUGCUGGGCCAGCACUUUGGCCAGCUGCUGGAGCUGGCCCUGACACGGGAGGUUCAGGCACUGGUGAGAAAAAUUGAUGCCUCAGACAAUAUCUACACCACAGAGUCCACCACAGGGAACCUGUUCAGCCUGACCCAGGAGGGGGCUCCCUUGUGCCGCAUCAUAGCCAAGGAGGGUGGGGUCGUAGCACUCUUCAAGAUUUGCCGGCAGGACACUUUCCGGUGCUUGUACCCCCAGGCGCUCCGCACACUGGCCUCCAUCUGCUGCGUGGAAGAGGGUGUCCACCAGCUGGAGAAGGUGGAUGGCGUUCUGUGCUUGGCCGACAUCCUGACUGACGACAGCCACUCAGAGGCCACACGGGCUGAGGCUGCGGCUGUGGUGGCCCAGGUCACCUCCCCACACCUGCCCGUCACCCAGCACCUCAGUAGCUUCAUGGAGAGCAUGGAGGAGAUCGUGACAGCCCUCAUCAAACUGUGCCAAGAGGCCUCAUCAGGGGAAGUCUUCCUGCUGGCCUCUGCGGCCCUUGCCAACAUCACGUUCUUUGAUACAAUGGCCUGCGAGAUGCUCCUGCAGCUGAACGCCAUCCGUGUCCUCCUGGAAGCCUGCAGUGACAAGCAGAGAGUGGACACGCCUUACACUCGGGACCAGAUUGUGACCAUCUUGGCAAACAUGUCUGUCCUAGAGCAGUGUGCCUCUGACAUCAUUCAGGAGAAUGGGGUCCAGCUCAUCAUGGGCAUGCUGUCCGAAAAGCCAAGGUCUGGGACCCCUGCUGAGGUGGCAGCCUGUGAGCGAGUCCAGCAGAAAGCUGCAGUGACCCUGGCUCGUCUCAGCCGAGACCCAGAUGUGGCACGGGAGGCUGUGCGGCUCAGCUGCAUGUCCCGUCUCAUCGAGCUCUGCAGAUCCCCAUCAGAAAGGAACAGCAGUGAUGCCGUGCUCGUGGCCUGCCUGGCUGCUCUGCGUAGAUUGGCUGGGGUCUGCCCCGAAGGCCUACAGGACUCUGACUUUCAGCAGUUGGUCCAGCCUCGGCUUGUGGAUUCCUUCUUACUCUGCAGCAACAUGGAGGAGAGUUUUGUGUAGUGGGUGUGGGAGAAGAAAGACAUUUGGCUGUUCUCACGCCCCCUCUGAGUACGCACCAGUGAACACACCUGACUACACACAAGCUCUCCUCAUUUAUUUAUACUUAACUUAUUUUUGUGUGAAAUAAAUGGAGGGCGAAAUCUUAGAGCAACAUCAUCAAACAGUCUGUGGUCCUUGGGAAUCUUCUUUGUUUUUUAUUUUUUGACUUCUGUAGCUUUUCAGUUGCAGAUGUUGAAAUUCAUAAUGGCUAAUAUGACAGAUUGUCAUGGGUGAUUCCACUUCAUCUUAUUUUUUCUACUCUCACUAUAUAAUCUUGCCUCAUUUUUUAAAACUUCGGAACCAGAGUAUUUCAACUGCCUAGCAGAGUUUUUUUUUUUAAGCUAUAUUUGCUCUUCCCAAAAAUCUAACAUGAAUUCCAUAAUUGGGUAGAAUAUAUUGGAAAAAAGUUUCUUUUUCUUCAAUAAAUGGAAUUAUAUAUAUCCCAGAUUUUCUUAUUAAGUUGUGUUUUAAACUAAGUUCUUGCUUCCCAAGGUUUCAUUCCCCCAAACCUUUUCCAACCAUUAAAAGAAUUGUCUUGUUUUCACAGGUGUAUAAAUAGGUUAAGCUCUGAUUGAUUUAGUGAGAAACCAAAGUGACUUUCAAAAAUACUUCCAAAGGCACCAGAAACCCUGCUUCCUUUGGCUUCUUUUCUUUUGUGUAACCUCCUGUUCACCUCCUGGUGAAUAGAAUCUUCAGAUGAGGCUUAUUGAAUGAUUCCUCCUCAAAACUAUACUUGAGGGCAGUGGUGUGCUGAAGCCAGCUCAUGCCCACUCACAAGGGACAACUGUGGGAAUUUCUUCCCAACUCUGCACUCAGUGACCUUGUGUUGGUAGCCAUGAGCUACCCCAUGAGCCCUCAUGUUGAAAUUGGCCAUAGUGGGAGUAUUUAUACCACAGAAAUUCGCAGAUGCUAUAAAGCACAGUUUUGCUUUUUUUUUUUUUUUUUUUCUAGAGAGCUGGUUUACCAAUAUCACUGCUUGAAAAUAUCACAAAAAUCUGGGGAUCCUUCUGAAAAUAUUAAUGCCAUCAUAUUAUGAUAUAAUUUACACGAUAUAAUUGUAUAAAAUCAUGAUUAUAAUAAUGUUUCAAGAAACAUUUCUUAAAUUCCCAA